CGCCGGGCGCGCGCUCCAGGGCACCCACGAGGGCGCCCGGCGGCCGCGCCUCCCCUCCGCCCCCCGCCUCCCCCGCCCCCGGCUGCGGCGGGCGAGGACAAGUCUAGGGCAGUAAAUAAAUAAAUAAUUCCAUUCACCCGGUGACGGCGAGGCGAACCGGCUGCGGCGGGGGGGAGGGGUGAGGGCGGGCUGGGGAUCGGAGAGCUGCGGCGCCCACCCCGUGCCAGAGACCGGGUAAAGAAGCUUCAGCCACCUGGUGAGCAGAGGAAUAAGGGAGCUUAUCUUGGUGAAAUGGAAGACCAUGUUACUUCAUGUCUCUGGCUGGGUUGAUUCACCUUGCUCUGGAAAUACAGAGUCUGCUCUACUCUCCCCUUUGCAUUGCCUUCACAUAUCAGUUGAAGGAAUAGUGACUAGGCUUAAAAAUUCCACGGAUAAUCCAAAUAAAUCUGUUCAAUUUGGCAUCUAUCAACAGGUUAUUUGAAUUUCAAAUAGAGGAGCAGACAUGCCACCCCCAGCAGGUGCCCCACUGCAUCCACCUCCUGAUGGAGGAUGGGGCUGGGUAGUGGUUGGAGCAUCUUUUAUCUCCAUUGGAUUUUCAUAUGCGUUCCCCAAAGCAGUCACGGUGUUCUUCAAAGAAAUUCAGCAAAUAUUCAACACUACCUACAGUGAGAUAGCCUGGAUAUCAUCCAUUAUGCUGGCUGUUAUGUAUGCAGGAGGUCCCAUAAGUAGUGUUCUGGUGAAUAAAUAUGGUAGCCGACCAGUAGUGAUGAUAGGAGGUUUAUUAUGCUGCUUGGGAAUGGUCACAGCCUCUUUUAGUACCAACGUAAUAGAGCUCUACCUCACUGUGGGAUUCAUUACCGGUUUAGGUUUAGCAUUCAACCUGCAACCUGCCCUAACAAUCAUUGGCAAAUACUUCUACAAGAAACGACCCAUGGCUAAUGGCCUCGCCAUGGCAGGAAGUCCUGUUUUCUUAAGCACAUUGGCUCCUUUCAAUCAGUACCUUUUUAAUACUUUUGGUUGGAAAGGAAGCUUUUUGAUUUUAGGAGGCUUAUUGUUGAAUGCUUGUGUGGCUGGGUCCCUCAUGAGACCCGUUGAACCCAAACAAGCUACGAAGAAGUCUAAAAAUAAGAUUGGCGUAAGAGAGAAUGACCCAGAUGUGAAGAAAAGCCAUAGGAAGAAAUCAAGAUGGGAAAGAGUUAAUAAGUAUUUAGAUUUCUCCCUUUUUAAGCAUAGGGGAUUUCUGAUAUACUUAUCUGGAAAUGUCAUUAUGUUUCUAGGGUUUUUUGCCCCCAUUAUAUUCUUGGCUCCAUAUGCCAAAGACAAGGGAAUUGAUGAGUAUUCUGCAGCUUUCUUGCUGUCUAUUAUGGCUUUUGUUGAUAUGUUUGCUAGACCUUGUGGAGGAAUCAUUGCAAACUCCAAAUUUAUCCGACCCCGAAUCCAGUACUUCUUCAGUUUUGCAGUCAUGUUCAACGGAGUGUGUCAUCUCCUGUGCCCGUUGGCAGAGGACUACACAAGCCUGGUGUUGUAUGCUGUGUUUUUUGGUCUCGGAUUUGGGAGUGUUAGCAGUGUCCUCUUUGAAACGCUCAUGGACCUGGUUGGCCCUCAGAGGUUUUCCAGCGCUGUGGGACUCGUCACAGUGGUGGAGUGUUGCCCUGUUCUUCUUGGCCCUCCUCUUGCUGGUAAAUUGGUGGAUCAAACUAGACAAUAUAAAUACAUGUAUAUCGCCUGUGGAGCUAUUGUGUUCCUAUCAAGUGUGUGGCUACUUAUCGGCAAUGCUAUAAACUACAGAUUGCUUGCAAAGGAAAAGAAGCUGGGAGAAGCAAGGAAGAAGAAAAUGAGUUCGCCUGAGUCCAAAGAAUCUGAACCUUUGAACAAAUCUAAACAUCAUGAUGUCAGCAUCAAAAGUACAAGAACAGAGAAUAAUCCCUCAGAAAGAGAAACUAAUAUUUAAUAAGAAUCACAUCUCUGAUUUCAGUGUUUAUGACUUUCUUAGGAGUAUUUUUUUUUCAAAAUAUUGGAAAGGUUUUUACUUGAAAUGAGAAGUCAUAAUUAAGGAUGGAAGUGAGAUUUUCCUCAAUGGCAAAUUUUUAUGUUUGUUUUUUAAAACUUGUUUGGGUAGUUAAAAUUUGAGGUUAUGCCUGUAAAGAAUCCAUGCAAUGGGUUUAUUUCCAUACGUGACUCUGGUUGUGGUGGUUAGAGUAAUUGUAGAGUCUUCCAGUGACUUCUGGUCUUGAUUAUAGAGAUCUGAAUCCCAAAUCCCUGGUUUAAAUAGCAAGAAGGAAUAUGUUUAAUCAAAUAAGAAUACCCUGUCUAGAUUUUAGUUUUCAGUGUUAGAUGGAAUUGAAGGAAAAUGAAUUUUCUUCUAAUGUGCACAUGCACACACACACACUCACCUGUAUUUACACACAUGCGCACAGAGUAUCUAGAGGACAAAAGACAAAUAAGUUCAGAAAGAAUAUUAUCACUAUACUUUUUUUUUAACUUUAAAAACAAAUCCGUGGAGAGUGAAGAAAUGUAUUAGGGUGCAUACUACUUUGUAGUGUAGAUUUUAAAUAUAAGAACAUGGGUGAAAUGAAGAUGAUCUUAAUUUGAAAACGCAACUAACUGCUGUAAAAAAUAAAAGUAUUUGCAUAUAUAAAAUAAAUUUGAAAAAAAAAACAACCCUCCAUUUUAAACCAUUAUUUCUGAGUACUGUUAAAUUUGAUGAAUCCAUGCAUGUAGUUUCUUUGAGGAUGGCCAUUAGUACUUGGUGCUAGAGAAUAGAACCCUCAAACAAUUUUCAGAAUUCUUACUUAAUAUAUAAAUCAAAUUAAAAGCCUAAAUGAUUCUUAGCAAUGAGCUACGUUCAUUAAUUUUAAAAGGAUUUUAGUUGCUAAGCCAGAAAGUAAUAAGCAGGGAUUUCUUUUAAUCAGAACCCAAUCCAGACUCCCUGUCAUAGACUUCAGAAUGGAAUCUACCAGAAACCUGGUUGACAGACUGACAAAUAGGCCAAAUUCUAAUUUUUCCCAGUCACAUAGCAGUGAUCAGAGAGUUAACUGUUAUGAGUGACCCAUCUGAAUAAAGCUGACUAAGAGUAAGAGGUGCUUCUACUAAGGCCUCCAAGUUCUCCCAUUUUUAUCCCCUUGCCAAAAUGCAAAAGCGAAACAGAGAAACCCAAAUGGGCCUUUAACUCCACCACUGAGACUCCUCAUGUUGUGGGAAUGGCAGCUCUUCAAAAUCCCACCUACUCCCAGUCAGACUUCCUGCUGCCAAUGAACCUGACCAGGAGACUGUUAAAGGUUUCUAGAACUGGAAGCUGUAUGUUAGUUGGCAUAUACUUGUGAAGGGUAGGCAUAGUUUAUCAUACGAUAGUAAGAAGCUUGCAGCAUUGCGGGCUGGGUUAAUUUAGCGGUUUCUCAUUUUCAUAGCGAUGUUAAAACAUCUGAGAAUCUGAAUCACCCUUGAGUACGGAAGCAUAUGACAGUUACUGUGCGCUCAGAACUAUAAAUACCAUUUAGAGUAAUAAAGUACUUCUAAACAAGGAAGAAUUUGUGCCUUAUGGCUAAUGCGAUAAGUAUUUAUAUUAAUAAAUCUAAAGUUUAAGCAUAUGAUUAAUAAAAAACAUUUAGUGCUUGAUUAUUGAAGUGAUGUUACUAUUAAGAUGUCAAAAGGAAUUUGCCGUUCUUUUUUUUUUUUUUUUUAAUUGCUGUAGAGGCAGGUGCUAUUCUUGUUUCUUAUAAGAGUGCACCUGGACACCAAGCUUUUGUGAUAGUUAAUGUUAGGGAUUUGAUUUGUAAAAUUUAUGCACUGGUUAAGCAUGGGGCUCAUAUUUAGGAAGCUAUAGAAAAUUCCACAUCUCAUUUAUCUUUUUUGCAGAUGAAGAGGUAUUUGUAUUUUUCAAAUAUUAAAUAAAACAACUUGUGCCAAUAUGAUAGAUAGAUAAAUCAGGCAAAAUGUGGCAGUGUUUGGCUGUCUUUAAUUUAGUUUUGCCCAGUCUUGAGUCUUGAAUGAGCUGUUUUCAUUUUAUUAGUGCUUUUGUAUUCAGCUCUGAUUCAUCGUAAGAAAUGCAACAUAAUAAAUUGUGUAGUGGCUGUCCAAUAUUAAAGAUUUCCAAAAACUGUCUUCAGAUUCUCUGAGGAUACCUAUUUAAAUUAAUACAGAUAUAAUAUCCCAGGGGGAAAUAAACAGCAAAGUAUUGAUAGUGGGGUUUUGUGCCUACGGCUUUAUAGUCCUUUAUGUCACUUGCUGGUACAGACAAGCUGGUGGGUGCAUUCCAGUGCCUUCCUCCAUGGAAGGGGGUUUAUUCACUUAUUGAUGAGGUUUUUGUCAGGUCAAAACCGAUUCGAAUUUGUUGUGUUGGUCUUUGGUCAUCCUCAUUAAAUUUUCAUUCCUAACACUGUAUAUUAGAUUGUUAAAAAAGAAAGGGAAGUAAAAUUGCACAAAGCACGUGAUAUGUAUGUAGCCAUACCCAACAGUAGCAUUACACAACAUUACAAAAUGUGCAAAUAUUAAUUCCCAUACGUACAUGUUGGAAAUUAGAUCAGAACACACCUGAAACACUGACACAGACUCACGUACAGGAUUGAGAAUUGUUCCAGGGUAAAGUAAUCUUCUAGUCAUUCAUUCUCCACUCUCUUGAACUUGUUAGAAUACCUGUUGCUUUAAGAGAAUCUUUGGAGACUGAGCAGAAGGUACCAACCUAGAAAUUCACAUAGUUGCAUAACUAGAGGAAGCAGUAUAGUUGGCCUCUGAGUCUGCAGCAAUUAGCGUAUUUCUUCCCCUAGGGAAUGAUGGGUGUUAGAUGUUCAAGGUGUCAUGAAGCAAAUUCAGAAUAUACACCAUUAAAUUUCCUUUUAGUCUCAUUCUGUCACUGAGGAAUUGUGCAGAAGGGAGGUUAUAAACCAAGGUACCAAAAUAAUUCAUGAUCACUGGAUACUUUUAGGUAUUUUUCUACUUGUGAUAACUGAGCAGCCCAUGUCUUUCACAAUUUAACCUUAAAUAUGCCUUCACUAAUUUAUGAAUCGAAUAUUGGGUUUCAGCUUGUCCUGACCUAUCCCUACUCUCUUUCCUUUUCUGGGUCAGUAUCUAGUGUAUUUCGCAUUGGAAGUCCUAAUGUUUUCUCAAUGUAAAUUCACAAGGCUCAUGAGUUUCACUUCUUUAGUAUCAAGUUCCAACCACUCUAUCUCAUGACCCAUCCCCUGAAACUAGAAAAUAAAUAAAAUAAUUGUCUGAUAUAUUUAAAUGUGCACUUUCAAAAUCUAGGCACGUUUUUUCACUCCUCCUUCUGUGGCUGUACAUGACAAAUGAGGAUACAGGAAAAAGACUUCAAGAUAUAUGAUACAAAUGUAAGUUUUUAUAUUGAUGUCAUAAAACGUAGAGAUAUCCCUAAUCACUUAAUUCAAAAUAAUUUUCCAUCCAAAAGGACCUUUUAAAAAAAGGCCCUCUCAAAUGUAUAAUGUUGCACACUUUUAAUAAAACAAUUAAAAAUUAUGAUCAUUAGGAUGCAUUUAACAGGGAGAAAGGAUAGGAAGUGAAAAGAGAAGUAAUAUUUAUAGCAUGCAUUUUGGCUACAUAAUACCUUUUAAUAUUCAAACCAAAUUAUAAGUAGAGGCUAUUGGCCUGAUAUAAUAGAUGAGAGAAACAAAACAAAAAAAAUCAGACACACAAAGUUCAGCUAAUUACCCAAAGUUGAAAAGUAGUAUGUGACAGAAAUAGAACUAAAACUCAGGUUUAUCUGAGAGCAGAAAGAGCCCCUAGGGUGUUCACUACCAUGCUUUCUUCCAAUAGAAUCUAUAGAAGCAAAGGUAGAUAAAAUAUAGAUAUAAGAAAUUUAAAACCUAUAUGGUAAACUAGUUAGAUUUAACUGUAAUUUGUAAUCUGAUUUAUUCAGUGUUCAUUAGAGACUGUUUGCCAUAAACUGAAUAUAUAAUUUCAAGUUGCUUGCUUUUCUAGCCCAUGAAAAUUAUCCCAAAUAACGGUAAUGAUUGUAUAAUAACCCUAAUUGUUUUAAUACAGCUUUUUUUUCAUAAAAAUAAUGACAUUUAUAUGACUCAGGCAUAAUAUAUUUUCCCUGAGGUUGGAUUUAGAAGGAAAAUGUUAUUUUCUUUAUGGAUAAAUAAUUCCCAUAUUAGUUGCUACUUAUUAUGACUCAAAAAUAAAAAGUACCUUAUACAAAUCAUAUUCAGAGAUACAGAGAUUCCCAUUUAUAGGAUCAUCCCAAGCUAUCAAAGAAAUUUAGAAAGAUUGUAAGAUAUAAUUGAUUUAUCUAUAAAGUAUUUAUUUUCCUCAUUGAAUGCAACUGCCCCUUAAAGCUCUAACUCAUUUUUCAAGUUUCCUUGAGCAUCUGUAAUUGCCAUUCUCCAUUCUGUCCAUUUGUUCUUUAGACAGAAAAGUGUCAUUGCUUUUGUCCUUUCCCUCUAGACUUUUGGCAUCCAUAGAAUAUUGUUCUCAAAAUAUAUAUAUAUAUAUACAUACAUAUAUAUAUAUAUUGUUCUCCUUAGCAUUGUCUCAGAUAGUACACUUCUAGUGUCUUACAUCUUUCACAAAACCACACAUGCUGUAUCUGGUCUUCUUUAUUUGUGAUUUGUAGGAAUGGCCAUAUUCCUGGAGCCAGCGGUAUAUAUUUUUGGCCAUGACCUCUCAUCUUCACAAAUAAGAGAACUUGUGUGACUAUAGGCUUGAGGUAUCCUGCAUAAGGAACGUGCUUAUAUUCUAGAAGACAUUUUGUUAAUGAGUCUUCCUUAUGCAUGAUAGAUAUAUAAAUGAAUAUGAUUUUUGGGAAUCUAGAAAAAUCGAUCUUCCUGUCCUUCACACUCACUAUCUUGGAUGUUUCUAAUUUUCUUAAAGUCCCUCACAACUUUAAGAAACAAAGCUUAACACCCCAUCACAGCACCAUUACAUAUCAUCCUAUAUGCAGUUUUAAUGUAACGACAUCCCCGACACAUCAUACCAAGUAGAUUCCCUACCAAAACACUUCACAGUACCAAGAAGCAUCAAAAUUAUUCAGAUAUAAAUUGAAAUUAUCAUCUUUACUUUAUUCAACUCACUUUGUUUAUUAUGUUUUGAUUUCUACAUAUCCAUGUGCGUGGUCUCCAUGCACUUAGAAGCUGAGGGGCUCAAUUAUCAGUAAUUAUAAUGCUUGUAUAAUGAAAACCAUAAACUAUCUUUGUUGGUAAUUAAAAAAUGAAUAAUUUUCUGAGCUCACAUCAUUUUUUAUAGUUCUCAUGUUCUCUUCUUUGCUCUCAAUUGUUUGCACACUAUUUCAUUUUUAGCUCCUACAAGAUCCUGCGAUCUGAUUGAUGUUAGUCUUCCCCCACUACUGCCUUUCUUUCACUUUAUUUCACUUACAUGCAGUUCUUGAAAGAAUUGUUAGAGUAUUGAGAAUCAUAAUUUUAGGUCCUUGCCUUAAGAGGAAAAGUAAUACUGCAAGCAGAAUGUUUGGCGUUAGUAGAGCAUAUGGGAAUUUUUUAGACCAAAUAUUUCUCCCAUCGCACCCCUGUGCUACCGUAACUCCUCACCUCCUUUUUUUCCCCUCUUAACUAUUAAAAAAAUUAUUUUCUUUCCUUUUGGGGUGCCUGGGUGGCUCAGUCGGUUGAAUGUCCAACUCUUGAUUUCUACUCAGGUCAUGAUCUCAGGGUUCGUGAGUUUGAGCCCCACAUCGGGCUCCACACUGAAGUGCCCAGCCUCCUUGGGAUCCUCUCUCUCUCUCUUUCUCUCUCUCAAUCUCUCACUCUCUCUGCCCCUCUACCACACAUGCACAUGCAGGUGCUCUCUGUCUCUCUCAAAAUAAACUUAAAAAAAAAGAUAAAUAAAAAUUAUUUUCCUUUAUUUUUCACAAUAUCUAGGUCAGCUUCUUUAACAUUUUUCCUCUAAUUCUGGGCAUUUUUAAUAUAGAAUUCUUGUUUUUCUGGCGGGUUUUAGUUACACUUCCCCUAUGUGCAUGAAUGCCAUGUUUUCCAGUGUCUGUAUGUACUUGUUAAUAGUGUGAGUAACAUUCAGGAAUAUUUCAGUAGGUGAUUAAUUCAUUACCUUUUCAGCAAACAUUUCUUCUUCACAUGGCAAAACAAGCUUUUUUUAUUUCCUUGUUGAAAAUUCUAAUAUGGCAAAAUAAGUUAGAGAGGCUCUGUAUGAAAACACAGAUAUUCAAUAUCUGUCAAGGCAUAAGUUGGUAACAAGUUCUGUUUGGGGACACCUGGGUGACUCAGUAGGUUAAGCAUCCACCUUCAGCUCAGGCUAUGAUCUCAUGGUUCAUGUCAAGCCCCACAUCGGUCUCUGUGCUGACAGCUCAGAGCCCGGAGCCUGGUUCAGAUUCUAUGUCUCCCUCUGUCUGCCCCUCCCCAUUUGCACUCUGCCUUUCUCUCAAAAAUAAACAUUAAAAAAAAUUUUUUUUUAAGUUUCAUUCAAAUGAACAAAAGAAUCAUGUGAAUUUCAGGGUGAAAUUUUAAAACACAUUCUUUUAAGCUUUUUAUGCUGCAUUUGUUUUUGUUUUACUUUAAUAUGCAUCUAAAAAAGAUUUUGAAGUUAGUCCUAGUUUAUAUAGCUUGUUCAUUAGAGUAGAGUACAAAUUUUGGAUAUACUAUUUAAAAGACUUUAUUUUUCUACCACAUGCUUUCUAUUUCUAACUGAAGGAUGAAGAUUUCUGGAUUUAGUGAGAAAGGAUAUGCAAACUAAAAUGUUUAUUUUCUGAUCAUUAGAUGUAAUUGUAUUUUGAUUUGUAUUGUAUUUCGGGUUUGAUCUAUUUAUGUAUCAAAAAUAUAUUUAAUUCAUUUCAUCUUCUCAACCCUCUAAAUUAGGUUUGUUAGAUAUGCAUGUUUGUACAGAAUAAGACUAUAACAGGUUAAGGGCUUUGCCUAAACAGAUAUUUUGAAUUUUGAAUAAAUGCAGGGUAGGAAGUAGAACCCAAGUCUUUUGAAUCCUGACUCAUUUUUUUUUCUCCAUUGCACUGAAUAGGCCAUACUAUUUGUAAUGGUGAAUUUUAUAGACUGAAUACAAAUUUACCUGGAAAUAUUUAUUCUAACCUUGCUUGAUAAAACCUUUAUUUCCAGAGUGAAUAUAUUUCUCCUGAGUCAUACUUUGCAAAAUCACAUUUGUAAAUUGAAUUUGAAGAAUAUUUAAUGAUUUCCCACAGUAGAUAAUUCUCAGUAAACUGGACAUAAUAAUUGGUGGGAUGAAUGAUUGUGCACAGUAUGUAUUGUUACAGCAAUAUCUAAGUCAUUAAACAUACUCGCCAGUAAUGUGUUUAUAGAAACCAUGUGUCAGUAGUCCAUUAAUUCCUUUAUUGUGUAUGUUCAUAUUUUAUUUUAGAAGCAUCAUUCACUGGUUUCCUAAAAAUUUAAUGCUACAGCACAGAAAACACAAAUUUGUUAAAUUAUUAAGUUCUAUGCAAGAAAUUAUUGCCACUGUAUAAUCUUGAAGAGAACACUCAACAAUAUUUCUUGAUCCAGGCAUCUGAGGAUGGGUUGAUAAAAUUAUUAGGAUAAAAUCUAUCCAGAAAAUUCUUGCUUUGUUAAAUGGUCAUUUCAUGUAUUUCACACCAAAAUCUACAACAGAGGUCUGGCAACAGUAAAACUAUGGUUUCUGUUACCUUAGAGAUACCAUCUUCCUCUGUCCCCAUUUAUCUAGAUAGAUAUUAUUUUCAGAUUUUCCCUUUGAUUCUAUUGUAGAAAAAAAAAAUCAGGUCUAAAUAGAAAAUCCCUUGUGAAGGGGAUAGUGGUUGUUAUUAGGAAUUUGCUCUGUGAAAGUGUAAAAACAAUUUGUACUCUGUAUGUGUUUGCUUAAUUCAUCAAGGCUAUUCACCCUAAGAACAUACUUUAAUAAAAGUUUUGAUAAACUGA